ACUGCAAUAUACCAAAAUAACGGGGUAAUGACUCAAUAAAUUGACUAAUCUGAAAUGACUCGGAAGCAAACCUAUGGCCACAUCGUGUACCAGAGCACAUGUCUCCACUACAUUCCAUCAUCGACUGAAGCUCUUCAUACCCCCACCAUAGGCUUUGUCAACCCCUUGCUACUCCACCUGAAAUACAGCCGAAAGAAUCAAUACUCUACGUCGGUGUUCCACGUCGUAGUGUCGACGCGAACCUUCACAGUUCAAGAUCUUCAUUACUAUCACCAUGGAACGCGAUAUUCAAACUUACAAAGUAUGCUCGGAAAACGUUACUCUAUGCCUGAUAUUUUCCGGCGUCUGGUCAGCUACUCAUCCAGUACUCAAGAAAAUUGCUUUCUUCGUUACCUUUUUCUCAACGUUUUCGAUAAUGGCACACACGCUUAACUUCAGCUUGCACAAUGCUCAAAACGUGAGGAUACUAGUCAGAGGCUUGGCAGCAGCAUCCAGUUUUCUUUCGAUAUCUUCUAAGGCAUUUCUGUUUCUACAACACCAGAAUGAUCUGAAUUACCUAAAGGAUUAUCUCACCGAAAAGUUCAUGAGCGACAUGAAGAACCCGGAGAAUCUACCAGAUCUCUUGUCAAACAUGCGAAUGUUCGCCGUAUUCGUGACGAUGUACAAGACCACGAUAGCAUUCAUCAUGUCCAUGUACUGCAUCGUGCCGCUCUUUUCAUUUCUCAAGUACGGCAAGUACCUGCGCGUCUACCCCUGCCUCUAUCCCUUUUCCUUUGUACCGGGAGGAGUCGUGCACUGGCUUCUCUACGGCUGGGAAUCCACGGGAGCUCUCUCCGCCUGGGCCAUCUCGGUUGGAACCGAUUGCGCUUUUGGAAUGUACGCUAUUCAGAUCUGCGGAGAACAGAGGGUUCUAGCUAGAAAAUUAAAAGAUCUAAGAGUCGGAAGCAAUUAUACGCGGGAGCUGAGGGACUGUAUGGAAAGGCAUCAUUUAAUAAUUACAGCUAAAAAUACAUUUGAAAGUCUUUAUGGUUUGAUCUCCAUAUGGCUUGCUAUUUCCGGAGCUAUCGUACUUUGCUCGCUGAUUUUCCAAGUGACAGAAUACUUGGAAAACCGUGGCGGUUACGUGCGUGCGAUCAUUUUUUUCGCCCACUUUUCAGGCAAGAUGAUGCAAGUCUUUAUGUACGCAUGGUACGGCAAUCUCAUUAAUGAAGAGAGUUUAGCAUUUCCGAGAGCAAUUUACAGUUCCCAUUGGACUGACUGCUGUGACACUCGCUUCAAGAAUGAUAUUCUGAUAGUUUUAGCGCAACGUCCACUGAUUGUCACAGCUUUGGGUUGCAUGAACGUUCAGCUUGAUAUGUUUGCCAAAAUCGUCAAAACUUCAAUAUCCUAUUUUUUUCUACUACAAACAUUAAAGGCGAAGACCGAAGAAAAAUAAUUUUCUAACAGAUACUUUUACGAUUUAAGCUAACACGAUGAAUUAUUCAUCGAAACGUUGUGGAAGUAAAUAAUUGCAGUCAGCUUAGAAUACUUAUCAGUCACAAGAUACAUUUUAUUCAGUAGAUCCUUGGCAAAAUUUGUUUAGUUGGAUCGCAUAUUGCUGCAUGAAUUAUUGUUACGUAACACAAUUUUUAAUUGAAUUUUUCAAUAUAAUCGUAAUAGAGUAGAAGAGAAGCCUAGCCUGUAGCAUGUUUAAAUUGCCAACAUGUGCUUUUGGACCGCUCUUUUCUCUCCUGUGGUGCAUAAGUAUGCUAAUUUUCUCCGUAUCAAGCGUGAAGUGUGCACCUUAGCGCUGGCUAGGAGAGACUAUAAAGUACUCACUUUACGCGAAUGUAGAGAAAAUGCACCAUACAAAAUCACAAUAUCACUGUAUACUAUUUUUAGGAUAAUCUUCACAUUUACAUAGAAAUAAUUAUAAUUUUGGAUAAAUGUUUUAGGCAAUAGCGAACUCGGGAGUUUCACAUUAGUUAGCGUUUAUUAAUACGGAUUCCAAAAUAAACAUAAACUCGGCUUUAUAAUAGGUGUUGAAAUUAUGGCUUAUUGGUAUACUUAGAUUUGCGGCGAAGGCGUCUGACCUUCAGUUCCGUUUCUUACAAAUUUUAACAAACUCAAUUUUUUUUAUCAUUCUAUAAAUAUUGAAGUUCAGAGUUAGCCGCGGUAUCCUGUUGACCGAGUAGCACAAUUAAUAUUAGUUAAUAUUCGUUGAAAAUGAGCCUGAGAAAAAUCGGUUUUGUAGUUUUUAAAUUUAAAUGUAAUGGAGACGCGUGGCACGUUUAGAACAGACAAAUAUCGUUUUUAGUUUUACCCUCAUGUACAAAAGAGAGAUCGUCGAUUGUUAUUUUAAUAAGUUCAAAAUAAAAAUAACUGCAAUAUGCAGAAGUAUAA